UGUGCUGAGGAGAAGGAGACCCGUGACCUUGUGCGACAGUACGGAGGACUGGACCCGCUGGUGUCCCUCCUGGACAAGUCUGACAACAAGGAACUCCUGGCCGCUGCCACCGGUGCCAUCUGGAAAUGUGCCAUCAGUCCUGAAAAUGUGGAAAGGUUCCAGGAGUUGAAAGCGAUUGAGAAACUGGUCUCCCUCCUUCAAAACCAGCCAGAAGAGGUUCUAGUGAACGUGGUCGGCGCUCUUGGGGAGUGCGCUCAGGAGCCGCAAAACCGCAUGUCCAUCCGUAAGGCCGGCGGCAUCCCCCCAUUGGUCAACCUCCUGACGGGGACCAACCAAUCACUGCUGGUCAACGUGACCAAGGCUGUUGGAGCGUGCGCCACCGAGACGGAAAAUAUGACGAUCAUUGACCGGCUGGACGGUGUGAGACUGCUGUGGUCACUCCUGAAGAACCAGAACCCGGAGGUCCAGGCCAGCGCUGCAUGGGCCAUCUGUCCAUGUAUCGAGAACGCCAAGGAUGCGGGUGAGAUGGUGAGGUCAUUUGUGGGCGGCUUGGAGCUGAUCGUGAGUCUCCUCAAGUCCGAGCACAAGGAGGUUCUCGCCAGCGUUUGCGCCGCCAUCGCGAACAUCGCCAAGGACGAGGAGAACCUGGCAGUCAUCACGGACCAUGGCGUAGUGCCCAUGCUUGCUAAACUCACAAACACGACUGAUGACAAGUUGAGACGACAUCUGGCGGAAGCCAUCGCUCGCUGCUGCAUGUGGGGGAACAACCGUGUCGCCUUCGGCGAGGCGAACGCUGUCGCGCCGCUCGUACGGUACCUGAAGUCUCCAGACGAGUCUGUCCACCGAGCCACCGCCCAGGCACUGUUCCAGCUGUCCAGAGACCCCGAGAACUGCAUCACUAUGCACAACGCUGGGGUGGUCAAGCUGCUAUUGGACAUGGUUGGCUCCACUGACGAAGCUUUGCAGGAAGCUGCAGCCGGUUGUAUUGGUAACAUCAGGAGGCUGGCACUGGCCAAUGAGAAGGCCAAAUACCCUUGAACUGACCAAUCAGGACUUCAUCUUUUUGGGGACCAAUGAAAUGACUUCUUACAUGCUGUUGCAACAACCAACCACAAACAGGCACAUGUAAUGCUAGCCAAUGAGAAUUGUUAUAGUAUGUUAACCAAUGAUGUUUCUUCUCUCAAAGUAAGUUGUACAGCUGCCUAUCAUGUGAACUUAUAUGUGUAAAAGUUUUCUUUCCACUUUUUUUAAAAUAAACUUUUAGGCUACAUAUAAACUUGGCGUUAAAUAUUUGUAUAGAGAACCAUAGCAUUUCUGUAUAUUUCUGCAACUAUUCUUUACUUUACGGUAGUUGUAGGUUUUCCUUUUAUGAUAAAAAAAGCACUUUUUGAAAUGUCAUAUUAGUGAGAAAGCAAGAAGCAAUUCAGUUGUAUUGCAGUGUAUAUUUCAGCCUUGUACCAAAAGAAUUCUAUUAUAAUACUGUUUUCUGCACAUUGAUACCAUGUAAAUGAUGUUAUACAGGGUUGAUUCAAGAAUCCAGACUAUGCAUUGAACAGAAUAUAUCAUAGAUGUUUUAUUUUCUCUAGAACACUUCUUAAAAAUCACCUACUGAAUUCUAGCACUGUCAAUUGUUGUGAACAUUGUAUAUAUUUUGCUA